AAUAAAAAAACAUCAACCGAAGAUUACAUAGUAAAAGAAUCUCUCAGUCUAAGUGGUGAUUUUGUAAUGGCAAGUUCUUACUUUAAAUGGACCAGUUCACUUACAUCACUUGCAAAUAGUAUGGAAAGUCUUGAAUUCGAUGUAAACGAUGAAUUGAAUGAAAAUGAAGAAUCACCACAAGCUAGUGAAAGAUCUCCGCAUACUACUCAUAAUCCUUCACGAGAAGCCUUGGUUGAACGUGAACAAAAUGGUCAUCAAGAAAGUACUCAAAAAAGUCAAGAUAAUACAAUGUUGUAA